AUGCUUCUGGCAGUGUACUACCACUGCCAUGCCAAGCGGCACCAGUCGCUCUCGGAAGACGAGCGUAAAAUCUUCUUUUUCGCGCAUGUCCGCCAGCGAAACGAGGCGGCCAACCACCAUCGACGUCGACGUCCAAGCAGCGAACUGUGGCAGAAUGUCCGGUCGCGGCGCGUGCGAGAGCUCAUCCAGCUGCACGGCGCGCAGCCCAAGUCACCGGGCCGCUUGCGGCAAAUGUGGCUUUCGUCGAACGAGUCCAUGUCAAGAGAGCGGCAGCCCAAGACACGUGUGGUGCCGCACGAUACUGCGCAGGCGACGACGACGCGACCAGCAGCCGCUGUGGAGCCACUCGAGCUCCAAGACGUGACAGAUCACUAG